AUGUUUAAAACUAGAAAAAAUUGUGAAAAAAGUUUUUCAAAUAACGAUUUUUAAAUCCUAAAGUAAAAAUCCUAUUUAAAUUUAAAGUCCGAUUACCUAUUUGAUAAUAUUUUCAUAAAUCCGAAAUUAAUAGUUUAAGAUUAAAUUGAAAAUUUAAUUAUUUAAUUUCCAGCUUAAAUUGAUUAUUCAUAAUUGCCUUAGCUAUUAAAUAUAAAUCAAUUAUACCAAAAUAACUCUCAAAAUAAAUCCAGUAUUUUAUUUAUUGCUUAUUAAGAAUUGAAAAAAUAUAUGUUAAUGGAACUGAUGUUUAAAAUGUUAUUUAUAACUGUAAGAUUACAAACAUUUCAAGAGAGGAAUUAAGAUCAAUAUUAAUAAUUUAGUUAUAAAAUUAAGAAGUUUAGCCAGAAACGAUCCAUCAUGUUAUUACAAAAUUGA